AUGGAGCGUGUUCCUGGUUUCAAUGUGGCCAACCACUUUGAGAAGCGUCAGCUUCUCAUUGCUAUCAACUGUGUUGCUGCUCUGUCCAUUUUCUUCUUUGGAUAUGACCAAGGAAUGAUGGGUGGUGUCAACAAUUCGAAACAUUACAUCGAUUUGAUGGGUUUUGGUUACGUCGACGAAGGAACUGGCGAACCUGUCGUCACCGACAGUCUGCUCCAAGGAGGAAUCGUCUCCGUUUACUAUCUGGGCACUCUCUUUGGCUGCCUCUUGGGUGGAUGGAUCGGAGACAAACUUGGAAGAAUCAAGACUAUCGCUGUUGGCUCUGUCUGGGCAAUCCUAGGUGCUGCGUUGCAAUGUUCAGCUCAGAACCACGACUGGAUGAUCUGCUCACGUUUUGUCAACGGUAUCGGCACAGGUAUUCUAAAUGCUAUUGUUCCUGUUUGGGCUACUGAGACAGCUGAGCAUACCUCCCGUGGACAGUUCAUAGCCAUAGAAUUCACUCUCAACAUCUUUGGAGUCGUUGUCGCGUACUGGCUCGAGUUUGGUCUUUCCUACAUCGACAACAAUGGCUCGCAGUUCGGUUGGCGGUUCCCGAUUGCCUUCCAGAUCCUCCCUCUCCUCGUUCUCUUGGGAUGUGUUUGGUUUUUCCCCGAAUCGCCUCGUUGGCUCGUCAAGGUUGGACGUGAUGACGAAGCUCAGUAUAUCCUCCAACGCCUUCGUGGGUCAAGUGAGUUUGAUCGUGCUCGCGCUCACGCUGAGUAUACCGACAUCAAGAAUAUCGUUCAGCUUGAGAACAAGGAAUCUUCCAAGAAUUCAUACUUCCACAUGUUCUUCGGUAUUGGGUCCGGUGAGCUGCACACUGGUAGACGUGUACAGCUUGUCAUCUGGCUACAAAUUAUGCAAGAAUGGGUAGGAAUUGCCGGGGUUACAGUUUACGCACCUACAAUCUUCCGUAUCGCAGGCUUCGACACAAAAAAGAGUCAAUGGAUAUCGGGUCUCAACAAUAUCUUCUACAUGUUCGCUACGUUGAUCUGUGUUUACACUCUGGAUCGCAUCGGCCGGAGAUGGACUCUUUACUGGGGUGCGGUAGGCCAGGGAAUCGCCAUGUUUCUAGCUGCUGCCUUUUCCAGACUUGGCCAAGAUGCCAGGGAUGCUGGAGACAUUGACAAGGCGAACUCUUACGGUGCUGCUGCCGCUUCCUUCGUCUUUAUCUUCACAUUCGUCUUUGGCGCUACAUGGCUGACAGUGCCCUGGCUAUACCCAGCUGAAAUCUUCCCGCUCCAAGUUCGGGCCAAAGGAAACGCGUUUGGUGUCUUUGGAUGGUCCAUCGGCAACGGUUGGCUGACGCUUCUUUGCCCCGUCAUGUUCUCUAAGAUCGGCGAGAACACACUUCACAUCUUUGGUGCAGCCAACCUGCUAGCCAUUCCCAUGGUGUGGGCUCUGUACCCCGAGAGUAACCAGCGCACUCUAGAGGAAAUGGAUCUGCUGUUUGCCGCUAAUACACCAUGGGUAUGGGAUGCCGAGAAGAAGUUCAAGGAGUUGAAAGAGCAACAGCCUGGACUCGUGACUGCCUCUGCACACAAUAGGGAUGUUAUGGACGUUGAGCCUGGUGUUAAGUCAGCUUCUGGAGACGAAGUGAACAUGAGCACAUGA